AUGGUGGCCACAGUGCCAACCCGUGGCGUGUUGAAAGCAUCCCAGAACCGCGUUCGCACGAGCGUGGCGCUCCAGGGCAAUGCCAUGUGGGAGAACGUGAUCGGCGUGGUGAGUGAGCAGACGGGCUCCAACUCGGGCGUGGAAGCCCUCAUCCAUGCGCCCUCCCACGGCGGCGGGCGGAAGGCGGCGGCGGAGCGCCGCGCCGCUGCGCACACCGCCGUGCUGGCCACUGGCGGCUUUGACACGGCCAUCACCAACUACCAGAGCCUGCUGAACCUGGCCAAGAGCCAGGGGGCGGUCGGUGGCGGGGCGGAUCGGGGGGCCUGCCGCAUCUGCGGCCAUGUGGGCCACCUGACCAAGCAGUGCCGCAACGGGCUCGCCGCGAGCGAGACGGCCACUGGGGGCGAGGGCCCCGGCCCCUCCAGGGAGCUGGCGCAGGAGUCGGAGGAGAGCGACCUGGCGCUGAGCGCCAGCGGCAGCGACUCCGACGCCGGCAGGCGGAGGAGCGGCGGCAGCAAGCGGCACCGCAGCGACAAGAAGCGCAAGCACAAGAGCAGGAAAUCACACAAGAAGUCCAAGAAGCACAAGAAGAAGUCGCACGGCUCCUCCUCUUCUGAUUCGGAGUAG